AUGGAGCUGCCGAAGGCGCUGCCGUGGCGCCGGGCGUUCCUGGCCGUCAUCCUCAACCUGCUGGCACUCAGCCUCUCCACCACCGCCCUGCUCGGCAGCUACUGGUGCACGGGCACCCAGAAAGUGCCCAAGCCUUUGUGCGGGAAGAGCAAAGCCACCAAGUGCAUCGGGGUGCCCGCGGCAGGCGAGGCGGGCGCUGGGAACACCUCCUCGGAGGAGGUGGUGCACUACAGCUGGGAGACCGGCGACGACCGCUUCGCCUUCCGCUACUUCCACACCGGCAUGUGGCUCUCCUGCGAGGAGAGCAUGGAGGGGCCAGAAGAGAAAUGCCGCAGCUUCAUCGAGCUGUCCCCACCGGCAGAGAGAGGAAUCCUGUGGCUGUCCCUGGGAUCAGAGAUGUUGUACAUCAGCUUGCUGCUCAUCAGCUUCAUCCUCCUGAUGGUGGAAAUGCUGCACACUGGCAAUCCUGUCUGUGGGUUGAAACUCAAUGCCUUUGCUGCCGUCUCCUCAGUACUGUCAGGUCUCCUCGGGAUGGUGGCACACAUGAUGUACUCUCAAGUCUUCCAGGCGACGGUUAAUCUGGGACCAGAGGACUGGAGACCACACACAUGGGACUAUGGUUGGGCAUUCUACAUGGCCUGGGUCUCCUUCACCUGCUGCAUGGCCUCUGCCGUCACCACCCUCAACACCUACACCAAAACGGUGCUGGAGUUCAAGAGGAACCACUUCAAGGGCUACGACGGGAGCUUCAAGGUCCCUCCUCAGCACCACCAGUGCUUCCUCCAGCAGCAGAUAAGCAGCUACUACCUGCCCCAGAAGCAGCCCCUCCACUCGCUCUCCGAGGGAGCUGACUUCUACGCCGAGCUGCAGCAGAAGGUGCUGCAGAGGGACCCAGAGCUGGAGCUGGAUGAGGUCCUGGGACAGAUGAUGGGGGAAGAUCACUGCUAG